AUGCCAAUAGCACCAGACGCCCCAAUGCCCCGCCGACAGCACAACGACGACCGCGGUGCACGGACGGACGACGACUACUACCACUACUACCUCGCUUCACAGCGGCGCGUCUCGCGGUGGAUAGACCAGACGAACCGCGAGCUCGAACCCGUACCCGACGAAUACCCCGACUCCAACAUCGACUUUGGCGAGGCCUCCACCUCGGCGUCGACCUCUGUCGUAGGCCGCAGCCGGAGUAGCAGGAGUAAAGGACGGGGAAGGGACGGCGAGAGCGAGGUGACGACCUCAACAUCCAGACCCAAAUCACACCACUCUUCUUCAUCAAAGAGGCGCGAGAUGUACGACGAACCGCCAAUAGACGACGGGGCGACGGACCUAACAGCCACAGCGCUCCUCCUCGAUUCAAAGCCUCUUCCCGCCAACCUCUUCCCCUCAGCACCCAAGGUGCGGUACCCCGACGUUCGAACGAGGAGUGUCGUGCCCGACAACGAGCCCACUUUUACAGAAGUCAUGGCGCGGUUUGGGGCGAGGAAGACGCCGUUUGCGCCCGGGAGCGAGAUGCCUACUAUUACGCAGCGCACGGAGUUGACGUCGAUUAGCAGGAGGGGGAAGACGAGUAGUAAACAUAGAGAGAGGGAGAGGGAUAGUGAUGAGGACGAGCCACCGGAAUUUGAUAUUUCGUGGUCGUAUAUUCAGCCUGUGGUGUUGAUUUUGGCGUCGAGUAUGGUCCUUGUUGCGAUACUCCCCUCGCUGUCGGCCGCUGCUGCGGUGGUGGUCUUGAUUGCGGUGGUGUAUUGCACGGAUUUGGUGCCUGAUAUGUUCGGGAGUGGGAAGAGGAGGUCCAAGUCGAGCUCGUCGAGCUCGAGUUCGAGGAGGAGGUCGGAACGCGAGAGGGAGCGGGAAAGAGAACGGGAACGAGAGAGGGAUAGGGAGAGCCGGAGGUCCAAGUCGAGUCGCAGUUUGAGGUCGUAA